AUGCAUGCUGCUAGUGAUCUGUUCCUUCUUAUGCAGAACGGCAAUGAACUUAUACUGGGAUAUGCGCACCUUUACAACUUCCUUCAUCACGCACAUAGGGCGAAUGGGGCAGAUUCGUCGGAGGAGUUACUCACGAAGGAGCGGAAAGAUAUGGAUGACGCAAUUGCACUGAUUGGUGAGUCCAGUAUCUUCAUGGGCAGUAGGCCGACAGCACUCGACCAGUGUGCCAAUCGCCUGCUUCGCACGCAUGGAAUGAAGGCGAGUGAUCUUGCGCGUACUAACGGUGUCGUAGCAAGAAGAAUCAAACGCACUCCACUCAUCAACCUCCUCUUCUCGGGUGGCGGACCUGGCAACACAACUUUCCUCAAUAUUACGAAUCAAGCCAUCUCGGAGCUUCUCAUAAAGGAUACCGAGACCUAUAAUAGCGACAUACUUCCUCAUAAGUUUGUCAGUGGACCCUGGGUAGCUGGGCCUCUGCUCAUGCUCUGUACGCCUCUCCAGCGCGAAUUGACAGCGCUUCUUUUCCCGCUUGAACAACUAUACGGCUCUUGUACAGAGCUCAACAAGAAGAUCUUUGUAUCUUUGAAAUCCAUAGUGACGCAGCAAAACAGCCAGCCCAAAGUAUUGCUAGAAUGGAAAGAGAACGGAGCCAUACCAGCGAACAUCCUGUUCUACGAAAGAACCUAUCACGAGAAGAAUACGAAUUCUGGUUUGAUCAAACAAGACGUGACCGGAGUACCCAGUCUUCCCAUUCACGAAGCAGCGGAGAUGAUGACGAGUUACCUAGCAGAGCGAGGCGGUGAUGCAGACUUUAGCUUUGCUGAGCAUUGCACCUUGGCUUUCAACCAUCAUUUAGAUAAGAUUCGUUUUCCAAAUCCUUUGCCACAAAGUGCUGCUGGCAUAUCUCAUCUUAUGGGGACAUGGGCAUACGAUGAUGCAAAAUUCGGUCAAAAAACCUUCAACGCUGCACUCUAUUCUGAAGCAAAUACAUGGAAGUCACUGCCCGAUUCAUAUGGCGAGUAUGUUGCGGGACUGAGGCCGGUUGAAGGAGAAGACUCGAAGGUGAAAAGCGGCGAGGCCCACUUUGUUCAAGUCAAAGCUGGUGGUGAAACUGAAGCGGUUGCUUAG